CUCCCACUUUUAGCCGGUCCGGCGCGCUGAUUGGACGCGAGCGGCGGUCAUCGAACGCCCUCUCCGGUUUCCAUUGGCUCGCCGUUGCCUUUCACUCCAGGCUCUCGCGGGGCUGCUGUGCGAAGAUGGCGGCGGAGCUGGUAGAAGCGAUGAACAUGGUGAAAAGUUUCCGAGUGUCUGACCUGCAGACACUGCUGGCCUCCAUGGGCCGAAGUAAAAGCGGGUUGAAGCAAGAUUUAGUAUCAAGAGCUCUCCGGCUCGUGCAAACGGAGUACAGUCCAGAGCUACUAAAAAACGUCCGGCAGCUCUACGAGACGCGUUACCCUAAAGCGUCAGCCUGGCUGGCUGCCCGACGCCCAGACACUGUACCCGUAACCUACCCUGGCCUCAACUCCUCGCCAAGAAGCACAGCCCAGGGCGCAGACUACCUCAACGGGAUCCCUAAACCGGCACCACCUCCCGCAGCCGAAGUCAAACUGGUGCCCCUACCGUUCUACCACAACUUAGAAACGCUGCUGCCGCCCACAGAACUUAUCGCUCAGAACAGUGAAAAGCUGCAAGAGAGUCAGCGUGUUUUCGAUUUAACACCAAGUCAGGUGGAACAGAUCCGUAACUCCAGUGAACUUCGCCCAGGGAUGAAAUCAGUUCAGGUGGUUCUCAGAAUCUGUUACACAGACUCAAUUGGUGUCCAGGAGGACCAGUAUCCUCCCAAUAUUGCUGUGAAAGUCAAUCAGUCCUACUGUCAUGUACCGGGUUAUUACCCCUCCAACAAACCUGGUGUUGAGCCGCGCCGGCCCUGUAGACCUGUCAACAUAACGCCCUGGUUACAUCUUUCCUCAGCCACUAACAGAGUCACCAUCACAUGGGGCAACUUCGGAAAGCGGUAUUCUGUGGCAGUGUACCUGGUGAGGGUGUUCACGUCUGGGGAGCUCUUCAAUCAGCUGAAGCAUUGCUCAGUUGAGAGUGCAGAGCGUUGUCGCGAACGCAUUCAGGACAAGCUGCGUUUUGAUCCCGAAAGCGAGAUAGCCACUACAGGACUGCGAGUGUCUCUCAUCUGCCCUUUGGUGAAGAUGAGACUUGGAGUGCCAUGCCGCGUGCUGACCUGUGCCCACCUGCAGUGUUUCGAUGCUGUUUUCUUCUUGCAAAUGAAUGAAAAGAAACCCACAUGGACCUGUCCUGUAUGUGACAAACCUGCUCCAUUUGAACUUCUUACUAUUGAUGGGUUGCUGUCGGAGAUCCUUAAGGAGACACACGAAGAUAUUGAGGAGAUUGAGUAUUUGACUGAUGGCUCGUGGCGGCCAAUCAGUGAUGACAAAGAAAAGGAGAGAGAGAGAGAAAACAGCAACACACCUGACUAUCCAGUGGUGGAUAUAUGUGUUCCUGAGACGAAUGGUCACUCCCCAGCACAUAGUGGCAUUAACCAGACCGGGAAGUCUGGAUCAAACGGCUCGUCGGCAGGAACCGGCGGGACCGGUGGUGGGUCGGGAGGAGGAGCAGUGGUGGACCUGACUCUGGACGACUCAUCGGAAGAGGAGGGAGGGGCUGAGGACAGCGAGGACACUGACGAUAGCCAGGACAGCCCCGCCCCUAAAAGGGGCAGAUAUGAUUAUGACAAAGACCUGGUUACUGCAUACUGAGACUUAUUGGACAUGUAGACUUACUGGGGGUGUAGAUGGGAUCUGAGCCUUGGAAUAUUCAAGAAAUGUGUCCCCAUGUCCUUUCUGAAAGCAGACACACUCAUGCACGCACACAUAUGCACUGCUGACCUCUGGAGCAGACGGGCAUCGUCCUGACAUCCAUGGAAUAUCCAUAGAUGCCCCGUAAAGCCAUUCCCUGUCGUUCACUGCAUCUCAAUAAUACUGUAUUCUCCCUUUAAAGACCAUGGAAGAAUAAGACCACCUUCAGUUCUCUCUCAAAAAUACGGUUUCCUCUCCACUUUUGUGUUUUGACAGGAUCACUUCAGCAAUCUUAAGCAUUUAAGCUCUUAUCUGUUUUAUUUUUAUAUGGAGCUGUGUGAUACUCCCAUUAAACCUUCACAAUACUUCAGAGUGACGUGAGACAAGCCACAGUAUCUAAAAAAAGUUAAUUCCUUUCGUAGAAACCACUCGUAAUUCAUUCAGAGUCAUUUUUUUGUUAGUUCUCAGAUCUUAAGAUGUUUAUAUAUAGCUGUUCAGUUUAAGAGACAUACUUCCAUCAUCUCUGUCCCUUUUUUAUUUUGAUUUGUCCAUAGAAGAUGACAACCUACCUCAGUCUAAAAGCAGACUUAACCAGAGGGUUAUUUAAUAGCUAUGAUUUUGGUUUUCGUAAUUUCAACAACACUGGAGAGGAACAAACAUUAAUUCGUUGCUGCCCCUUUAGCCAUAUUAAAAAUGGUUCUCACGCAAAAAAUUAGCUUUUGUUCGCCUCGAUCGACAGUGACACCUAUCGAGCGCUAUGCAUUAUAGUUCGAGCAUGACCUUUUAGAGCCUGACUAAAUGCGCUUGUCACGAAUCAGCACUCAGAACUGUGAGGACUUCAGAAGAACAGCGACAUGUUUCAUCAAUGGUCCUUAUAGCAAGUAAAUAUUGUACGAUAAAUAAUGCAAUGUAUUAUUUCUGAUCAUUUAAAAGAAUGUUGCAGGUCUCGCAUCAGUUUAUUUUAUUCUGUUUCUUUUAUAUUCUUUCUUUUUUGAGCAGGAAGUGACGUGAGAAAUCCAGAAACAUCUUAAGUGUGUUGUCCUCUUCUAGACAUGACUAGUAAAUAGGUUAAAUGUAUUUUCUUGAACACAAAUGAAAUUAUUUGCAGUUUGACUUUGAUUUCUCUUUUAAGACAAAUGGGUGAGUUGUAUGCAGAUGGAUGGUUUGUGUUCAUUUGUGUUGUGAAUAACAGGCUGUGGAGGUGUUGUCUUAAGUGUGCCAGACCAGCUUAUUUCAUUCAUUUGUUUUUGGAAAUAGUAUUUAUUGAUUUAACAGUUUUGCAUUUGUUUUUAUUCGAUUAGUGUUUGUUCUUUAAAGGUUUCUUUCCAGUUGCAGAAGUGGUGGUUUAUGUCUAUAAAGUUCUCUGCAUGUUGGUUUGUGAUGGUAGAUACGCUGUUUCCUCUCCCAGCCUGCUGUUGUCAACGCACAUUCAGUCUGAAUACAAAGUGCGUAUGCAGGACUAUGCAGACUUGACCUAAACAACGAACGAAAAUGGCGCUAAAUGACCAAACGUAAAUGGCACGUCAGUCAGUUGAUCUGUUGAGGACUCAGGGAUGGCUUCUUAGCUCUACUCAUCUACUUUUUUUUUGUUGAUUGACCCUCAAACAUGGAUCUAGCAUUGCAUACAUUAGUACCUUGAGUAUCCGGUCACAGAUAAAGUAGUUUUGACUGCUCUUUUCUGGAAAUUGGCUGCAUACGAAAGUCAUGUGUAUUGUUAAAGGAUUCUCCCAAGGUUUCACCCCACUGCACUAAGAUCACAUCUUCCCGUGGCAAUUUUGCUUUCUUGCAAAUGUUUAUUUAAACUAAUCCUGAAUUCUGACUUGAAUACACAGUACUGUAACCUAUCUGUGCUUGGGAAUGUCUCAACAGAAAUGUUGCCAUGAAGGUGGUUAAAUUUUGCUCGGAGUUUGGGUUGGCAUGGUCUUCCAUUUUUUUUUCUUCGUAAUACCCCGAACUUUUAUUUUUGAUAGUAAUCAGUGCUGCAGUUGACACUUUCAUAUAAUACGCCCCUGAUGUAAUAUGUUCCCACUAAAUUUGUGAUUAUCCCAUUUAAGGUAAGACUUCCAUCUUUAGAAACAUAGGUGAAUCUAUAGGAAAAUGUGGAUAAAAUGUAAAUUUACUUAUUAUUGAAGAUAAAUGGAUGGUGAUUGAUAAUUAAAUAUAUUUCCAGCUCAUAGGUAACACGUACUGCCUCUAUGUAGUCAGGUGAAAUUGAAAUGUGAGGGUUUAUUUGACUUAAAGUGGUUCUUUGGGAAUGGAGGCAUACCCUCUAGUUACAGUGCUUAAGACAGCAUGGACAGUGGCUUGCGGUUCUUGUAAAUGAUUUGUUUGUGUCUUUUUAUAUGUUCAUAUUAAAGCCAAUAAAAUGAAUAAUAUUUUAUCAA